CACGGUGCACCUGCAUAAAUACACUCUAAGGACCUUGACCUUUAAACCCUUGAGUACGUCCACGAGGUCGAGGCUGCUACUCGAACUCCUAGAUCCUCACUCUGCUCCCUCACACUGUUCAGUUAUAAAAGAAUGGCGCAGGGAACUUUCAGAGGGCACAGUAGAGGGCACAGUCGUGGGCUCAGGAGCAAGGGGAACUGGAGGGGACGGGGGAGGGGGAAGGGUGGAUGGCAUGGUCCUGUGAUGCAACCACCUUCGUCAGAACCGGAAUUCUACCCUCUUGUAAGACCAAUUUUUGACUGGACUGAAGUGGAAGAACAUUUUCCACAGGCCCCCACAGUGCUCGAUAAUUCCCUGCUUGAACAGCUGUUGGUGGAACACGCUGCCAGUCUGGUGUUGCCUCCUGAGGAACAGUCAGCACUGGACUCCUUCGUGCAGAAACUCUGCACACUGGUAGAUAACAUGAUCGUGUCCGGAGAGGGAGAGUCCAUGUUACUUGAUGAGGUUCGAGUUGUGGGUGCACACAAAAUGGGCAUCGCCAUGGCCCCAGAUAAGGUGGUGGAGAUUGUCAUUCUCCUCAAAGACCUACCCACACCUGCCUUGAUGUCUAAGAUUUCGGGGACUCUUGUGGAGAGUUUGGAAACUGCCCGUCGGGAGGAUAAAGAUGGCUUUGACAUGGGACAAGUCACAAUGGCGAAUGAAUUUGACUAUUCAUUUGAGAUUCAUGGAGGAAAGAUACCAGUUGCUAAGGUGUAUCUGACGAGCACUGGUGAGAAAGUGUAUGGAGGACCCAGGAGGGACAGAAUGAUAUCUGACAUGACUCCAUUUGAGAAAGCUCUAAAGAUGAUUCGCCACUCCAGAUGGUGGGAAGACCACACCCACCACCUGCAAUGCGCUCAUGACUUGGUUCGAGUACUGAUAGACAUGAAGAACCAUGUUCCUGGACUCCAGUAUUUAAGUACCUGGUACAUACAACUCCUGAUUCACUGUUCUGUGGUGCCACUGAUAGGUGAUGAACCUCUUUCGUUUGUUGGUGCAUUCAAGAGAGUAUGGGAGCUGCUGUCUGCUGGUCUAUUUCUGCCUGGAUCAGUUGGUGUCCCGGACCCCUGUGAGGAGAGCGAGUGCAGUAUACACGACAGUCUACCGUUGUAUCAGCUUGACCAGCUGACCAGAAAUGCACAGAUGAUACUGCAGAUGAUUUCGUUUGGAGCUUACAGAGAAGUGCUGGCCAUGCCGGGAGCAACUCCUAUCAAUUUCAUGCAGCCAUAUUGUUUUGGAGGGGUGACUCUUGAUGUUCCUGCGCCAGCUUUGGAGCAACCACUUGAGAACUCUAACACUUAGUCCAAUAACUUCACUACUUCCUUCUCCAGAAAAAUGUUACUAUUAAAAUAAUGAUGUAGGGCAUUAUAAUUAUAAUGCAUGUAACGUCCAUAAAAAGGGACAUAAUGUUUCUCCUGUACGUUUGUUGAUGUGUCAGUUUUUCGAAAAAAAGCUUGACAAGUA